AUGGACAAAAUUUUGAAAAAAUGCGGUGGGCUACCAAUGGCCAUUAUUAGCAUUGCCGGCCUCUUGGCAAGCCAUAAACAGUCCGAGGGCCAAGAUAUGUGGGAAAGAAUUCGCAAAUCGAUUGGGUCUCACAUGGAAAGCCACCAUACCCUUGAAGGGAUGAGAGACAUAGUUACUCUCAGCUAUAACCACCUACAUCAUUACCUCAAGGUCUGCAUGAUGUACCUCAGUAUUUUCCCAGAGGAUUAUGCCAUUGCUAAGGAUCGUCUCCUGAAAAGAUGGGUCGCUGAAGGAUUAGUUACUGAGGUCCGGGGUUUGACCUUGAUGGAGGUUGCAGAAGCAUACUACAAGGAGUUGGUGAGCAGAAGCAUGAUUGAUCGGUCCGGUGAAGUAGUCACCUUCUACGAUGGGAGGGUGGAGAUGUGUCGGGUACACGACAUGAUGCUCGAGGUCCUCGUGUCAAAAUCCUUGGAGUGUAACUUUGUUAGCCUGGUAGGUGGUCCGCAUGAAGGGAUGUCGUAUGAUAGGAUUCGCCGCCUAUCCAUCCACGGCGGAGAAGAGGCAGAGGAUUCUCCAUGGAACACAACUGCAGCGUGGGAUAGUAGGAUGAAUAGCAUCGAGGAGAUGAAGAUGGAUCAUGUCCGAUCACUGAGCAUGUUUCGGCACGAAGAUCACACAAAGUUGCUUGAUCGGCUGGGCGAGUUCACCCUGCUUAGGGUACUUGACCUGGAAGACUGCACGGGCAUAGAAACAAAGCAUUUGAAACAAGUUUGCCGGAUGUACUUACUAAGGUUUUUGAGCUUGAAAGGUACAAGUAUCAAUAGGAUGCCUCCAGAAGUCGGUGAGCUAGCGAAUCUGGAGUCACUUGAUGUACGUCAGACGUACCUUGAAGAUCUACCAGAGACUGUGUCAAUGCUACAAAAACUGGAACACCUGCUAAUCAACAACAAGGUUAACAUUUUCACGAAGUGUUGGACUGCCCGCAGGGGCCUGCGUAGGAUGAAGGCACUACGGACGGUGAAUGAAAUAGUGUUUGGGGCAGAGUCCCUGAGCAAGUUAUAUUCCCUCAGGUGGCUCAACAUCUCUGACAUCAGUAACCGUGGUCAUCAAGAGAAGUCAUUGAACUUUUUACAUGAUGUCAAGUCACCGCCGCGGUUCCUCCAGUAUCUUAGGAUCGGCUCCCACAUUGACAAAUUGCCUGAUUGGGUUGGGUCACUGAAUGAUCUCGUUGAGCUUUCCAUUGCUUGGACAUACUUUGGUGAUGACAAACUUUUCAACCCAAUAUGUAAGCUGCCCAAGCUGAAGUACUUGAACUUGGAGGCGUACGUCUACACAGAAAGAGCACUGGUUGUAAAAGCUUCCCACAGCUUUCCGGCGCUCAAGGACAUGUACUUGAACUUCGAUCUGGAAGGUAUGGGAGUUCUCAUAUUUCAAAGAAGUUCAAUGACAAAGCUCGAGAAACUCCACGUGAGAUUUCUGCGAAGACAAACCAAGAGAGUCAAAGGCAUGAAGCAUUUGGCAAGUCUUAAAGAGGUGGUAAUUGAAGGUAAGAAAGGUAACUGUGCAUUGGUCCGUGCAGCGGAGCAACUAAAGAAAGUGAACAGGAGCCGCUCAGAAACAGAUCAGAUCAAGAUUGCAGUGUUAUACGAGUGA